AUGGCAGCAGUCGAAGUUCCAAAGUGGUUAACAUCUAUAUUAGACGCCAACUUCCAUGAUCCAUGCAAAGAACAUAAAGACAAAGAUAAUACCCAGUUCUGCUUGGAUUGUAAUGGCAAAGUGCUUUGUAAAACUUGUAAAACUCAGAGCAGCAUGCAUGCAGGUCACCAAGUUCUACAGGUGUACAAAGCUUCGCAUCGAGCUGUUCUUCGGAUUCAAGACAUUGGUUUACUAUUCGACAUCUCCGAUAUCCAUCCUUACAGCAUUAAUUCUUACUCUAUAGUCUUUCUUCGUCCAAGAAUAAAAGAAGCAAAUCAUGCCAAAAGCUGUAUGAUGGAUUUAAGCACGCUGGCAGAUGGAUGUGCAAAAACUGAGGUAUUGAUGAUCUCGCAAGUAGUGAUAGCUAACGAAAGUGUUCCCCAAUUUUGCCCAGAAAGUAAAGAUCAAGAGAAUAUGACAGUACCGGUUGCUGAACCUCCUCAAUCUUUUCGCAAAAGAAGUAGGAAAGGGAUACCGAAAAGGGCUCCUUUCUUUUAG